ACCUACUAUUUGCCAUUUAGUCUUUAGACGUACUGACUUCUGAAGUACGAACGUUUAAUUCGCAUCGCGUUGUCGCGUUUCUCGAUCGAGUCGAGUCGCGAGAAGAGGGAUUCGAAAUUAAGACGUGUAGGUGCGAGUGAAUUUUUUUUCGAUAUUAUUUUUUUCUGUGGUGCUAAUUAGUGAAACGAUGCGGGUCGUAGAGUGUACUAUUGUCGCGAUGCCGAUGGUGGCCCCUUUCUUUGGCACUUUGUCGAUCGACAAGACGGAAACGAGAAGACGAAGAAGAGCUUCCUUUGUCGAUUACAAGGAACUGGAUCGAAGCUGCAGUUGUCGAUUGUAAUUCGCCCGAACUAGUUGAUCGAAACCGGUGCGUCGGUGUGAGAAAUUUUGGUGCUAGGUUCGAGGAUGUGCUGGCUCAUCGUCGAUGUGUUUAAUAUUAAUUGUCGUCGGUGAUGGUGAAGUGCAUAGUGCGUUGUCUGCGAAGUGCAUGUGUAUGAUUAUCACGUAUUUUUCGUAUUAAUCUUGCUAAUACUGCACCUAGAGAUAGAGCUUUUGUCGUCUGGAUCGAUGCUGUCAUCGUAGUGCAUCGUUGAGGUCUACGUUGCUCAUAAUAAUAAUAAAGAUACCGUCGAACGAUCGCGACUGUAUUAUCUGUGGUUAGUUCGUUAUUCGUGUAUAGUGACCAUCGAUCGUAUUUCCCCAUAAUAUUCGUAUUGUGUGUGUGUAGUGCGUGUCGAAUUGUCGAGUGUCGCGACUCCGACUCGAUCGCGAACCACAGAGAUCCUAACAAGGUUGUCCACGAGUGUGUCUACCGGCUUCGGUUGACUCGCGUAGGUUUCAUCCUCCAUACGAGAUCGUCUCGAUCGUCGUCGGAAUCUCGUUGAAAAUCGAGAUUACGUAAUGAUCUACUCUGCUCAACUCACUCGUUAAAUUCGUAAACCCAUUCAAUAUGUUGGACCUGGUCUCAUCGCGUAAAUCAUGCUACGUCCAAAGCCCUUGGAAACCACCUCUCGGGGUUCAUGCUAAAACUACCCCUAGCUCGGAUAUCGAGAAGCUGAUCGAACACAAGGCUAAUAAGAAAAAUCUGCCUCAGAGUAAACCUAGACGUCCUUAUAGUUACCAUGGUACCAGACUAAAGGAACCUAUACCCGAAGAGAAGCCCCAAAUACCGUCACCUAAAUCAUCUGCGGCUCAACAAAUCGCCUCGAAGUUGUUCUCGUCGUUGAAUUGUGCUGCUCAAAUGAACGCUUACCAAACUCUGGUCCCCGAGAAAGCCAUUAGUCCUCCGAUGAUGGAGUUUGGUGCUGGGGGAGGAUUCACCGAUAUUUCGAGAACUUGGAGGUUUCAUCCGUUUAAAACGAGCCAUGAACAAAACAGAAUGGAAAGGGAGUUCACGAAUUUGAUACCGUCUGGGGAUGUAAUCUCGGAUAGAACGAAAUCGCCGGCUAAUGAACGACGAAAUAAUGCUCAACAGAAUACAUGUACAUCAGAAAGGACAUCUACUACUUUGAAAGUAUUCUUACCCAAUGGCGGAUUCAAUAUCGUCAAGUUUAGCGAGAAUAUCGAUGUUAAGGAAAUUAUUUUAUUAGUUACCAGUCGUUUAGCUACAACUCCUCGUUUGUAUCAAAAUGUUUACGCUAUGCGUUUAUAUCAUCCACUUACCGGAGAAACGCAUUGGUUGCAUCAGGAUACCACGAUGUCUGAGGUGUAUGAAAAAUACGAUCAAAUAUAUCCAAUGCAAGAGUGGAGAUACGAUUUAAAAGUACGAUACGUUCCUCAAGAUCUAAACGACCUAUACGAAAAAGAUAAAUGCACUUUCUAUUUUUAUUAUGAUCAAAUUCGCAACGAAUACCUGUCAAGUGACGCAGGUACGAAAAUAGAUCAAGAUAUGGCCGUUCAAUUAUGCUGCCUGGGAAUACGUUUCUAUUUCAAGGAUAUGCCUCAGAUCGCUCUCGAUAAAAAAUCCAAUUUGGAAUAUUUAGAGAAAGAGAUUGGAUUACUGCAGUUCCUUCCUAGAACUAUUUUAGAUGGCUUUAAAACGAAGACUUUAAGGAAACUUAUUCAACAGCAGUUUAAAAAAGUUGCACAGUUGUCUGAGAGAGAAUGUAUGUUCAAAUUUCUCGAACUUCUCAGAUCUGUGUAUCGAUACGAUCACGAAACCUUCAAAUGCUCUCUAGGAUCAGGAUGGUCCAUACCCAUAGAACUAGUCAUCGGACCGGAUCUCGGCAUCUCAUACAUGUCGCAUCAAUCCUCCGACCCGAUAAAAAUGGCGACCUUCGAUAGCAUCGAAGCGAUCCAGACAUCUUUAUCGGACUGCGAAGCUCAUCGUAAAGCUAUCCUACAACUUCGAGUGACCGGUACUGCCGAAACGUUGACCAUUACUUGCCCAUCGGAAGACGAAAUGGAUAGUUUGGCUGAUCUCAUCGACGGAUAUUGCAGACUGUACAAUAAUAAUGGUACCUCGUUGUGGAAUCGUAAAACUGCCGUUUGGAAUAGAUUUCCAUGUCCGUGCGGAGCUAAAGCCGCUUCUGCGAAAAAUGCCAAUAAAAAGAACGGCGAUCUUUUAUCCGAAGAUUACGCCGAGAUUGUCGAAGAAGAAGGAGAUUAUUCGACUCCGACGAAUCGAGACUACGAAUUACAAAGAUCUCAAAUCGAAUUGCGAGAGAUUAUCGGAGAAGGUCAAUUUGGCGAUGUUCACGCCGGUAUUUGUAAACUAAAACAGAAUUCCAAAGCUGGUGUCAAAGAACGAGCUAUUCCAGUGGCUGUGAAAACCUGUAAAGCAGAUGCUGAUCUGGCUAUGGCUGAGAAAUUCUUGGAAGAAGCUUAUAUCAUGCAGCAAUUCGAUCACCCACAUAUCAUCAAAUUAAUAGGAGUAUGUUGUUCUAGUCCUAUUUGGAUAGUCAUGGAGUUAGCGAAGAAAGGAGAAUUACGAGCAUAUCUACAAAAUAACAAGGCUGUACUGGAUCUCGCCACAUUAGUUCUUUAUACAUUCCAAUUAUCUACCGCUCUUUCGUAUCUAGAAUCGAAGAAAUUUGUUCAUAGAGAUAUCGCCGCUCGUAACGUCUUAGUGUCCUCGGACAGAUGCGUCAAACUAGCAGAUUUUGGAUUAUCUCGCUGGGUUCAAGAUCAAUGUUACUAUAAAGCAUCAAAGGGAAAGUUACCUAUUAAAUGGAUGUCCCCUGAAUCGAUCAACUUUAGACGUUUUACCACUGCCAGCGAUGUUUGGAUGUUCGGUGUUUGUAUGUGGGAGAUCCUGAUGCUGGGAGUAAAACCAUUCCAAGGUGUGAAGAAUAACGACGUUAUUGGAAAAAUAGAAAAUGGAGAACGAUUACCAUUACCAACUUUAUGUCCUCCGAGAUUAUACAGCCUGAUGAGCCAGUGUUGGUCUUACGAACCGAGUAAAAGACCUACUUUCAAGGAGAUCAAAGAAGUGCUCAAUGAAAUCCUAUUGGACGAACGCCACCAACAGCAAGAAACCGUACGACGAGAAAAUCGGAGAGUUCACGGACUAUCUUGGAGUUCAACCGGCUCCGACGAAGUACUCCCACCUCCAAAACCGAGCCGAUAUCCGGCCGGAGGCGUAGACAUCUGCAGCAGCAAUACAUCCACAACUCUGGGCUCACUAGACCGUAACCCGGCUCCGGUAUCUUCCUACAUAGUCGCUCAAAAUCCCGAGGUACUUGUGCACUUACUGAAAGAAAACGAAGCCCGCGGUUUGAAUCCAUCCGUGUAUACAACUCCGGCCUCUGCGUUCAACACGAUAGCGAGUGAUGGAGUUCCUUACGGUGAGAAUGUUUUACCCGAAGGUAUCCCAGGAGCUGAUCAAGAUGUACAGAUCGAAUCACUAGAACGUCGUCUCCGUCAACAGCAAUUCGAAUCCGAACGAGAUGGCAAAUGGUUAGCCGAAGAGGAAACUAAUCUGAAAAAACGACUCUCAGUCGCAGCCAGUUUAUCAGAUAGUGAUUCGGCCGAUGGCCGGAGUUCGUGUACGCCCCCAUGGAAACAUUCCGGCUCACUGGAUCGCUCUCGUACGCAGAAUUCCGAAGAACGCGUUAUCGUCGCUAAGAAAAUGGAACCAACGCCUACUGCCGAUUUAGACCGUACUAAUGAUACAGUGUACGAAUGUACGACCAACGUUGUAAAAGCUAUAAUGACUCUUUCCCAAGGUGUACAGCAGAAUUUAUUUAACGAAUACUUAGAACUAGUCAGAAAAGUUGGGUUGGAGUUGAAAGCUUUACUAUGUAGUGUCGACAUCCUUGUUCCUGUGUUUCCGGAAAGUGCUCAUAAAGAGAUUGAAAUGGCUCAUAAAGUGUUGAGUAAAGAUAUGAAAGAGUUGGUGGCUGCCAUGAAAUUAGCCCAGAAUUAUUCCAAUACGAUGGUCGAUUCGUCUUAUAGAAAGAGCAUGCUAAGUUCAGCUCACGUCCUAGCCAUCGACGCUAAGAAUUUACUAGACGUGAUCGACUCGGUUCGCAUCAGAUAUCCCGAUGUGGACAAGAUGAUCAAAACGAACAAUCGUAAUAACACAAAACCUGCUCCAGCUCCAGAUCCUGGAGAGUCUCAAGGAAGCAGUGGAAGCGACGUAUCCCAUUACGGUGUACCGAAUAAAGUCGAACAUAUUACAGCUAACUAAUUAAAAAGCUCUACUAUUCAACGUUCCCAUUAUUAAAGUCAUCAUGUGUGUAGAUAUAGUUUUUACGAUAUCAUCAUCAUAAUCGCUCAUCUUAUAUUAUACCUACUUAUUUUUGCUCUUCUUUACGAAUUUUGUGUUUCGCGCUAUAUUUUUUUUCUCCAUUUUAUAUUAUUAUCAUCGUCGGUAUUUUGCUCUUCUUUCUCUGUUUCUCUUUUGUUGGUUUGUUUUUUUUCUCUUUCUUUUUUCAUGUAAUCGAUAACUAUAGAACAUUUUGCCAAAUGUGUAAAAUUCAAUACUAGUCGUUUUAUUUAUAUGUUUAUAUUAUCACCCUCUUUUUAAUGUAUUAUUAUUUUUUAAGGUUGUGAAAAAAUGUUUAUCGAAAGAAAAAAUUUUAGCAGUGAGUUCGUCGUAUUCGUUAUACGCGGAGAUAAUUUAAAUGGAUGUAGGGGAAAUUCGCGUGUACGUAAAUUCUUAUUUUACUUUUUUUUUUUUGUUUGGCUGUGGUACAUAGGACGUACAUGGUGACAUCCGAGUACGUUUAUCACGUCUUUUGCUAUAGAAUAUAUUUGACUUUUUUUUUAAUUUUAUUUUUAUCAAAUCGAGUAGUCAUUAGAGGAGGUAUUUAUAUUAUGAGUAAUGAGUAUGGUACUCUUUUUGAUAUUAUAUUUUAUGCUUUUUUUUCUCUCUCUCGUACUGUUUCGACUGUCUGUAUACCGCGCCAUAGAAAAUUAUGUUAUUUGAUUAUUAGUUGAUUGAUUUUCAUUGAUUUGUGAUUUGUGUUUCGUACCUAAAUAAAUUUUUUAUUCCAGUGUA